CUCCAAGAUACUUAUCUCAAAUCAUCCCAUACCUAGUUAUUAGCAAUCUCUUUCACACCAUGGCGACGGGCUAUAAUAAGAACUGCUGUACACCCCACUUGAGAUCAGGCUCAUUGGGAGCAGCUGGCCUAAUAAUCCAUCGGUAUCGCGAUACAGGCGAGGUAGAAAUGCUAAUCGGACAACGGGCCCCAGGGAACGAUCAUGCAGGAGAAUGGGGUACGAUAGGAGGCAGACUUGAAAAUGGAGAAACCGUCUAUCAGUGUGUGAUGCGACAAGUAGAAUACAAGAUUGGGAUCAGACCUGGCAAUGUUUUGAUACCGACUGCUAUGACGGCUGAUGACCAUGACGCCUGGACUUACACCACUCUAUUCGCUGAACCAGCGCCGGGUCUAGAGGUUAAGGAGUUCAAAUUGGAAACUAGUAAGAUAACUAAUGUCAGAUGGGUCUCGCGUCAGGAACUACGGAAUUAUGAUCUCCAUCCGGCGUUUGAAUAUUAUCUUUGCGCCUUGUUAUACAUCCUACUACCUCCCGAUCUAGAUCCCGUAACAGGGGACAUCGUUCGCCCGCGUCCAAUUGGUCUCCCUAGAGUAAAGAAGUCAGUUAGGUUCAGCGAUAAGGUUGAAAAAUUUGGGUAG